AAACACGUUCCAAAUACUUUUAACAAUUUUACUUUAAUUACUUUAUCUAUUUGAAGAAAAGUAAAACUGCAACUGUAAAGCGCCACUUUGGCGAUGCGGCACUGCUGCCAACUUCGAAGCCAGAAAGCAGAUUACAAAAUAAGCCGACUGAAUGAUGGCUGCUGCAGGAGGAAUCAUUCUUAGCAGCUUAAGUGCCUUUCAUAGAUUUGGCACCUCAGUUGGAAUCUUUCCUGGUGUAUUGUCACAAGUGAGGCAUUAUGCUGCUCGAAAAGGUACCAGAGAAAAGGCAAAGAAGAAGAAAGUUAAGAAAGAAGUAAAGAAAUUAACAAUACAAGACAAAAUUAGAUUGUCCAGAAAAGUUAAAAUUGUCAAACCAGAUAUACUGAAAUAUGAUUAUAUCAAAAAACCUGUUGCCAUAGAUGAUGUUUGGCUUGGAAAGGACUUCAAGUGGAAAAUAUAUCCUUUUGCUGAAGCAAUCCAAUGUCACAGAGAAAUGCUCCAUCCCACAAUGUACGAUAUGCCAGAUACAUUAGUCAACAUAUUUGUUGAACUUAAUUUUCGAGGAAUAAAAAACAAAACUUUAGAUGCUUUUCAUAAAAUGGUUACCAUGAAACACUUGUUUGAUCAUGGAGAAGAAAGAAAUAUAUUAGUUUUCUGUAAAGAAGAUGAACAAAUUAAAGCGGCUCUUGAAGGAGGUGCGGCUUUAGCUGGUGGGGCCGACAUUAUCAAAUUAAUACAGAAUGGUGAAGUUUCAUUAAAUAAUUAUGAUACUGUACUUUGUAAUCCCGAGAUGAUGGCAGAAGUUUUGACACUGCGUGGAUUGUUAAAAAAGAAGGUUCCAAAUAUAAAAAAUGGAACUUUGGGUCUGGAUAUAGCAGGUAUGGUUUACCAUCAUGUGAAUGGAAUAAAAUACUCUGCAAAACCAUGUGAAAAUUUUCCAGAGUACGGCACAACGUCCAUACCAAUUGGCAAAUUGAAUAUGAAGGCAGAACAUUUAGAAGAAAACAUGCAAGUUGCAUUAAAUCAUCUCAUGCAAUCAAAGCCAAAAAGACCAGGUCCAUUUGUAUUGAGAUUACGUCUGGAAGCUAAGCCAUCUAAAGAAAGUUUCAAACUUGAUCACAAGUUGUACGUCAAGCAGGACGAAGAGGAGGCAACGGACGAAAAAGUCGGAGAAGAAAGCGAUGAAGAAGAUCAGCAUGAAGAAGCUGUUGCUAAUUAAAAGUGUAAAUAGUACUAUUAAUUUAUAUGUUGUAGAAAGAAAGCUUUCAUCGAAUCAUUGUUUACGAAUACUUGUAUCGUAUUGAAAAGAAUAAAAUUUGUUAUGUUUUUGUUAAAAUUACGACGAGUA